AUAGCAGAUUAUUCGGGCUGAGAAGAAACAGUUCAUUCCUGUCUAGCGUCAUUGCGCCCAUUGGCAUCGAUUAUAGGGGUGAUGUUCAGUCGGAGAGGGUGAAACGGAGCAACUUAAGAUGCACUUGUUCGGUCUGCAUUUCACAGUCAGAUGUGCUGAAGCAGUAAUACAAUGGAUUUAACUCUGAAUUUGACCAUGAGAGCUGCUGGGACAUCGACGAUGUUUGGAAUAAAACCGUUACAUUAGAGGAAAACGCGACGUCUGGCUGUUCUUGAGGGUCUCAGCUGAGCGGUUUGGAUUCAUUUUAUGAAUCAUGUGAUACUGUGAAUGCAACUGGAUCUGCUGUGAAGACAUCAGAAGAAUACUACUAAACUUGAAUGCUGAAAAUACAACACAAAUACAGACAAUCCCACCAACUGCGCCAAUUUCAUCUGUUUACUGUUUACUGCAUACUGGAUAUUAAGCUGAGAUGACUGGACCAGUGCAACUUUGUGUUGAAUUAUCCUCAGAGGACUAGAGGACUGACUCCAUGCUCACCAUCUCCAUGCUAUUGAGAGGAAUACAGACACAGGAGGAUGUCAACAGAGGCAGAACUUCAACCAGAUGUCAAACUCAGUGUGAAAAAGGAGUCCAGGAGAAGAGGUCAGGACUGUAGUGAACAGGCCCUGAUUCAGCGCUUCAGAGGGGAUGGCAUCAGUUACAAGGCCAAGCUGAUCGGGAUUGAUGAUGUGACGGCGGCGCGUGGAGACAAACUGUGCCAGGACUCCAUGAUGAAGCUGAAGGGAAUUGCUACCUCGGCACGGUCAAAAGGGAACCACAAACAGAGAAUUUUCUUUACAGUGUCCUUCGGUGGAAUCAAGAUUUAUGAUGAGAGAUCAGGGGUCUUACAACACCAGCACUCUGUGCACGAAAUCUCCUAUAUUGCCAAAGACACUAGGGACCAUCGCGCCUUUGGCUACGUGUGUGGAAAGAAAGGAAACCACAAAUUUGUGGCAAUCAAGACGAGCCAUUCGGCAGAGCCGGUUAUACUGAACCUUCGUGACCUGUUCACCUUGGUCUAUGACAUCAAACAGAGGGAGGAGUCACAGAAAAAGACUCAGAAGGACAAACACUGUGAGCCAGCCAUCUAUCAGAGCAUUCUGGAAGAUGAGAUUGAUGAUCCAGUGUAUCAGUACAUUGUGUUUGAAGCUGGACAUGAGCCCCUCCGUGGCCACCAAUCAGAAGAGAGCGUUUACCAGGUCCCCACAAGUCAGCAGAAAGAAGGAGCCUAUGACGUUCCAAAACGCCAUUGUAUGACUAAUAUAAACCAGUUUGAUCUCUUUGGUGACAUGGCCACCCCUCCAGACAUCCUGUCAAUGCCAGCGUCGCCUGCUAACACACUGGAUCCCGAGAGGAGACGACAUCAGCACCCCCCAGAAUUCUUCACCCAUUUCAGCCCACCAGCAGUGCCCUCAGGGUAUAUGACCAUGGGUGCUAUCCAGGCAGCUCACUGGGCUCAACAAUCCUUUGCUACCCAGGCUGCUCCAAUGGCCUUUGGAGUUCAGGCACCGUUGCAGGUGGCCCAGAUGCUUCCUGGAGGCCAGCCUGUGAUUUGGGGUCAGGCGAACCUCUUCCACUCUCCUACCACGGGGCAGCAGCAGUGGGCUUUUGUCCCAGCCCAGACGGUGGGCAUGGGAGCGCAUCCAAUUCCAGCCGCUGUGCUUCAGGGUCUUGUCCCCAUAGCGACCAUGCGGCCCCACUCCUGUGAGCCCCCUGAAACAUCCUCAACCAUUACGAGUCCUCAGCAUUUUGUUGCCUCUACUCUGCGGCGCAGUAGAUCUAAACAAGCCCUGAAUGAGGACACUCAGGAGGAGACGAUAGUAGUGCACAUGCACACAAGACGACCGGAAGCUGCAGCAGACCCUGUACAGCCCUCUAAGAAACAGGAAGUGGAGGAACUGGAUCUUUCACAGAUGAGUUUGACUCCAGGGUCGUCGAUAUCUCCAUCCACGACUGACUCUUGUGCUACUCCUGAGCCUAAACAGGAAACUACAUCCCUAGCAGCAGCCACCUCAAUUGAACCAUCACUGCUGGAGGCAGGAGACAGCUCAGGCCAAGUGACAGAAGAAGGAUCGGAGGUCUGUUCUCAAGCUCUCAGCUCUGAUGUGAUGCCAGCAGAUGCUCAGACGAACAUGCCAGACUCUUCACAGCCAGAUGUCUGAAGAGAAACAAUUGGAAGAGUUACUCUGGACAUGCAGGAGUCAACGCUGGACAAAAGUCACACUGAUGAACAUCAAAACAACCCUGUACUGAGAGCUCUGAGGAAUAUCUCACAAACUCUUCAAUUUAAUGACUGUGACAACCUGAAGGUCCAUUUUAUAACAUGACAGUCAGAUUAAUAGAUGUAGAUGGACUAACAGAGGACAAAAAUCUAUUUUUCAUUUUAAAUAAAUGAAGUGCACCUUUCGUUUGAGAUGGACUUUAAUAUUGGCUGUCUACCAGUAGCCGGCAACAAUCCAGACUACUUUAAAAGUGAAAUAUUUUUAUCUAAAACAAUACUAAUCUGUCACGAUACUGGAAAUUGGAUCAGAUCUAAGUGUAACUGUGAAUUUGAUGGACUGUAAGACUUAAGCAUCUUUUUCAAUGUCUGCAGAACUGCUUAAACAUUUGUAAUGCACAAAGUUUCUGCCAUCAGGUUUAGACCUGGAGUGAUUAAUCACUUUGACUGUGAAAGUUGCAUUAUAAAUACGGAGAAGCCAAAAACAUAGAUUAAAACAUUGAUGCUUUUGUUUUUUUUUUCACAGAAGGAAUUAAAUGUUGAUGUGUGUGGUUUUUUUUUUUUUUUUCAUCAAAACGAACAGAGACUUCCUGAAAAGGAAACCGAUUUCCUAACAUGGACCAUUUGCAUGGAUUUGGUCAAAAGUGACGAAGACAUGUUCUCUUUUGUUUUUAGUUUUUAUACAAUGAUAUAUAGUAUGAGUAUUAAAAGCAAACCAUUUUAAAAUUAUUUUUUUUUAGCUCUCUAUUAUGAUGCUGUUAAUAGUAUAUGUUUUUGAAUGACAAACUGUAUUUGUCUAUUGAAUUUUAAAGAGCUUUUUGUGCCAUGAGAUUUGCUUGUCUCAGUGUUGCAAGCUUAGUGUGAUUCAUGAGCAAUACUGUAUGCAUAUAUCUGUACCUCUUCAGGGUUCAUGUUUGUUUUACUGACAGACCUUUCCAUUCUGCAUUUGCCUCCUAUUUGAACACUGUUGGGUAGAAACAGACUAAAUGUAAUCUGGAUCCACUACUACUUAAUCGGAUUACAAAAAUCAGAUACUUAGAAUGCAUUACAUUUUAAAUACAUCCAUUUAGAUUACAGUUCAACAAAAAGUUAUUUUGUAUGUAUUACAUGAUUACAUAUUUGCAUAUCAGUCAACAACAAUAAAUACGUUUACUGAUAAAUUGUCAUUAUGUACUGAUUGUUAAUGAAAUAGAGUUGGAAGUGAACGGGGGCAAUCUGUAAAUGUUUAAAUACUUUCAAAAGUUUAGCCACAUGACGUAAACAAUAUGCAUGUCAACAUGAUUUUAUUGUGAUCAAAUCUGUUACUAACCUUUUCUAUGUAAAGUUAUAUCAAAUUUUACAACUUCAUCACCAUGACGUUGUCACACCAUAAACUCAACCCGGUAAAUGAUUAUUUAAACAACUUUAUAGCUCAAAUAAUUAAUACGUUUUAACAUAAGAAAUAAAGUACUUUUUUACUAUAAGUUUAAAAAUUCUGCCUUUAAAUCCUCCAAAAUUAGCUCCAUUCACUUCCAUUGUAAGUGCCUCACUGGAAGGUUGAUUUUUGAUUUUUUGAAAUAAAGGAGGGAUCUUAUUGUUAAAAUAGCACAAGAUUAUGUAUUAGAUCAAUGGCAGAUUAUAUCUAAAACAUUUUAUCUAAAAGAAUGUUACUAACUACAAUUUGAAUUUUGUAAUGGGUAAUUAGUACCAGAUUACAUUUCCGAAGUUAUCAACCCAACGCUUUUUGUGAGUCUGUCAAAGUAGAAGGUCCAUGCUUAGGGUUUCACUAUUGUGAUUGGAAAACAGUGCUGUAGUUCAACUGGUUCAAAUAACUGUCUGGAUAUUGUCUGCUUAGUUUGAAGUGUUUGGUUGACAGUCACAAUGAGUUUUGCCCAAUAUCCUCCAAAAUAACAUUUACUGACCUUACAUUGAACCAGCUCUUUGUUGUAUUAUUAGUCGCCUUCUCAAAUGACCCUCCUUUACCUAAUAUACAGUAUAUAUAUAUAUAUAUAUAUAUAUAUAUAUAUAUAAACAAAACAUUUGCAAGUUAAAGUGCCAUUUUAAUAAGUUAUGUCCUUCACUAUACUGAUCAGAUCUGCUAUUUAAAUUUUGCCUUAUACUGUCAGGAAAAAAUAAUAAUAUCAACAUCAUAUUUGGGAUAAAAAAAAAUAGUUAAACUAUCCAUUUAAUUUUCUUUAAAAAAACAUGACUGUAAGUGUUAUGUAGGCUACUUAUUCAGUUCGAUACAAAGAGGAAAAACUGAACUAACUGUGAUAAAGCUGUCAAGAUUGCAUCUUAGAUAGCAAAGCAAUUGAAAUAAAGCAAAUAAUGUAAAUUGUUAAUAUGUCAUGGGCUAGAUUCACUUAUAUUUAUGAUAGGCAUCUACAUGCUUUUG